AUGUGGCCCGGCCAGGCUAUGACUCUCAAGGUUGAGAAGGUCCUCCAUCACGAAAAGAGCAAAUACCAGGAUGUGCUCAUCUUCCAGUCUACCAACUAUGGAGUUGUCCUCGUCCUCGACAAUGUCAUCCAAUGUACCGAGCGAGACGAGUUCUCAUACCAGGAAAUGAUUACCCAUUUGGCCAUGAACUCCCAUCCCGAUCCAAAGAAGGUUCUGGUAAUUGGUGGUGGCGAUGGAGGUGUGCUGCGUGAAGUCAUCAAGCAUGACUGCGUCGAGGAGGCAAUUCUGUGCGACAUUGACGAGGCCGUCAUUCGCCUUUCAAAGCAAUACCUGCCAGGCAUGUCAAUUAGCUACCAGCACCCUAAGGUCAAGGUUCACGUGGGAGAUGGCUUCAAGUUCUUAGAUGAUUACAAGAAUGCUUUUGAUGUUAUCAUCACCGACUCCUCGGACCCAGAGGGGCCAGCUGAGAGCUUGUUCCAAAAGCCUUACUUUGAGCUGCUCUUUGGGGCUCUCCGAGAAGGAGGCGUUAUUACGACCCAAGGUUCCGAAAACCAAUGGCUCCACCUCCCACUCAUCACCAAGCUAAAGGCAGACUGCAAAGAAGUAUUCCCAACCGUCGAAUACGCAUACACCACCAUCCCCACCUAUCCCUCUGGCCAAAUCGGCUUCAUGGUCUGCUGCAAGGACGCCAAUCGCGAUUUGAAGAAGCCUCUGCGUAGCUGGACCCCCGAAGAGGAGAACAAGCUUUGCAAAUACUACAACAAGGCGAUCCAUGAGGCUAGCUUCAUCUUGCCUACCUUUGCUCGGAACGCUUUGAACUAG